AUGGGCCCCUGUACCGCCUCCUCAUGCUGCUGCCAGGCCCGUAAUCUGCCAUGGGCCCCCCGUACCGACCUCUCAUGCUGCUGCCAGGCCCGUAAUCUGUCAUGGGCCCCUGUACCGCCUCCUCAUGCUGCUGCCAGGUCCAGAGUGUGUCAUGGGUCCCUGUACGGCCUCCCAUUGCUGCUGUCUCCAUCGCCACACUCUGCCAUGUGCCACUUUCAGGUCUCCUCACACUGCUGGUGGGUUCCAUUUUUUCAUAGGGUGCUGUAUGGCCUCCCAUUGCUGCUGCCUCCACCGCCACACUGUGGCUCCACACUCUGGUUUUGGCCCGUGACUGCCCAAAUGAGUGAAGUGUGCGGUGAUUCUAAGAUCGACGGCACUCAUCUGCAUGUCAUACUGACUGACAGUAUUAUUUCUCUUCCCCAGCAGACUCCAAGGGCAUUUAAAUUAAAGGUACAGUGUUCUGCACUAAUAUAA